AUGAGCCUGUCUUCUCAGAGUACAGUACUGAGGAGGAGUGUGGGCACCAGGCCAGCCAUGAGCAGCCACGCUAUUCUCACCAAGUCAAAGUUCUCUGAGGAGGAGCAAGAGGGGAUUCUGCUGGGUUUGGAUGAGGAGGAGAAGAACAGUGGCAGUGAGGACAGCGAGGCUGGCUCAAAGAAGUCUUUAGAGAGCAAGGGCGGCACAGCCGACAGCUGCCCUGAUGUGAAGAGAUGCAGUCGUCCUGUCCGCUCCAAAUCCCGCCGUGUGGCCGCCAACGUUCGCGAGCGAAAGCGUAUCCUGGACUACAACCAGUCUUUCAAUGCACUGCGCAUGGUGCUCAAACAUGACCUCAACGGCAAGCGACUGUCCAAGAUCGCCACUCUGAGACGUGCCAUCAACCACAUCUCUUCGCUGACCGUCUUCCUGCGCUCCCACCCCUGCCCCAGUGCCCUGCCAGGAGGACAUCCACCCUGCACCCACGCAGAGUGCCUCAGAGAGCAGCCCUCAGCUGGAAUUGAGGAGCCCAUGCUGGUCCUGGGGAAGGACAGGGAGAGAGCGAGGGGCUUCCAGACCCCGGUGGAGACCUACUGUCUGCAGCAUAAGCCGUUGCAUUGGAGUCAACACCACCAGCAGUCCCUGCAGGAUCCCGGUGCUCACAAGGCUCCCAUCAUUCUGCCUCCAGAGCUCCAGCUCUACACAGACACCCCAGUAGGACGACACCCCAGCCCUUCGUGCCUGCCAUCCCCAUCCUAUGCUCACUUCUCCCCCACUGAGACCCAGUUCUACACGCCCUCGCACCCUCACGAGGAGUUGAGCAGCCCCCCGUACUACAUCAGCAGCGAGUGGAGUGGAGGGUCAGGGUACCCGUUUGGAGUGAGGGCCAACUGUCGCCCGAACCACACUGACAGCUUCUCAGACUCCUCUCCUGCUGUGUCCUUCACGUGGCAGCUGGGUUACCUGCAAGGCUCAGCUGGCUACCAACAGUUCCUUACCAUGUACUGA